AUGCCCACGAGCCACCUAUCUCAACCCUCGGCGGCUGACAUCGCAGCCGCGGCCCAGCGCAUCGCGCCCUACGUGCACCGCACCCCGGUGUUGACCUGCCGCACCCUUGAUCAGCGGCUAGGCGCCGAGUUGUUCUUCAAAUGCGAGAACUUCCAGCGCGUCGGCGCCUUCAAGAUGCGCGGCGCCAGCAACACCGUGGCGUCGCUGAGCGCUGACGAGCUCGAGCGCGGCGUCACCACCCAUUCCUCAGGCAACCAUGCCCAAGCACUGGCGCUGGCGGCCCGUUUGAUCGGCACCCAAGCGACCAUCGUCAUGCCUGAGAACGCGCCACGGGUGAAGCUCGACGCGGUGCGCGGCUACGGCGCCGAGGUGGUGCUAUGCGAGCCCACCCUCGAAGCCCGCGAACGCGAGACCGAGAAGAUCAUCGACCAACGUGGCGCGGUGUUGGUGCACCCCUUCAACGAUCCUCGCAUCGUCGCCGGCCAGGCGACCGCCGCCCGCGAAUUGCUAGACGAGAUCGCCGACCUCGACUUGAUCUUGACUCCCACCGGUGGCGGCGGCCUGCUCUCAGGCACCGCCUUGACCGCCCUCUAUGACGCCUCGGUAGUGCAGGUCUACGGCGCCGAACCCGCCGCGGCAGACGACGCCCGGCGCUCCCUAAAGGCGGGCCGUCGACUGAGCAACGAGGGGCCAACCAAGACCAUCUGCGACGGCCUGCUGACCUCCCUCGGCGAGGUCACAUGGGCAAUCAUCGAGCGCCACGUCAGCGACAUCCUGACCGUCACCGACGAAGAGGUCAGCCAGGCCAUGCGGCUGAUCUGGGAACGGAUGAAGAUCAUCGUCGAGCCCUCCGCCGCAGUAGUGCUGGCAGUGCUGCUCGCCGGCCGACUCGACGUCGCCGGCAAGAAAGUCGGCCUAAUCCUCUCCGGCGGCAACGUCGACCUCGGCAACUUGUCUUGGCUAGCGAGCUCGAACUAG